GCAGGGGAAAAACUGAAUGGAGGGAAUUUUGUUGUGGAUGAAAGCGGUGCGAGGAUAACCACUCUUGUUCAGGAUGAAACUUCAUCAAAACAAAGACAAAAAACAUGUUUAAGAACCUUUUUGAGUUCUUUUCGCUGAGAGUUUAGACCAUAGAAACAUGGCAUGGAAGCAGUUUAACUCACAAUAAUGGCGCAGUUAGAGGCUCUGCUGAUCGAUGCAGUCAGUGAGGCAGAUGCCAGGCGUGUCGAGUCUCUGCUGUGUCGGGGCGCUAAUCCGAACGGGAUCAUCCGGGACGGCGUGGCAGCGGUUCAUCUAUCUUCAGGUAAAGAGUCUGAGAAAGGACUGCGUUGCCUGAAACUCCUCCUUCAGCACGGAGCCGACCCGAACCUCAGGAGUAGUGAGGAUCUGACUCCAUUGCAUAUUGCUGCAUCUUGGGGGUGUUUUCAGAAUCUCAGAUUACUCUUAAGGAACGGUGGAAACCCAAACCUCACAGAUCAAGAUGGGAAUAAACCAUCUGAUCUGGCAGAACAGGAGGAGAACAGUAAAUGUGCUAGUCUUCUUCAAGAGUAUGAAUCCCACACAUCCAAAGAGGAACACGAUGUACCCAAAUUUCAAUAUUCAAUCCUUUCUGGCCAGGCCAUGAGUGACAGUUCGUUCAGUCCAGAAGCGUCAGUGCUGAUUCCUCCUGGAGCAGAACCGCUGAGCAGCACACGACUGUCCUCGUUUUCCAGACACAGUGGAAAACCUUUGAACAGAGAAAGUCAGGCUUUCUGGCUCUCAGAUAUGUCAGAUCUCGAGUCACAUGAUUCUCAUAUUUGGAAUAAUGGUGAAAUUUGUAAAGAGUUACCCAUAUUGUCUAGUACUUGUCUUUCUGUCGUGGACAAUAAGGCCAAUCCAGAGUUAAAAUCUGAAAAUCAGCAUCAAGCCACAGAUAGUGACUGUGAUGUUUUGCAGUCUCAGAAUAUCCCUGUUCGUUCUCAACAGGAAAACCGGAGGAGUGUCACCUUCAGAGGAACUAUUGAUUAUUUGCCCAUUAUCGGACAAAAUGAUCAUCUGCAGUUCUCUCUCGAUCAGUCUAGUGAUCUUACAUUAGAUCUUUCUGAAUACCCUGAUUUCCUAGAUAAUAAACGAAUGGCUACUGUGUUACAGAAUCAGGGAAUCGAUGUCACGUGUCCCGAUGAUGUAUUCAUUUUUUCCAAAGAAGUCGACACAUUGGAAGAUGAAUUUGAUAAGACUGUUGUGGGGCCUGUACCACAUGAUGAUGAUGAUGAUAACGAUGAUGAUGAAUUUAAGAGCAUCAUCCAGCCCCUCAUUAGUAGUGGCUCUAGCGAGUACAAUAGCUGUGGCAGUGAACCAUACCAGAGCCCAACUGAAGGUUCUGUGGAAAAUGGGUUUACCAGUACUAAAGACAAUGGAAAUUCUCCUUUGACCAAACCCUGGGCCCAGAAAUCCGAAUCGACUGUAGGACAGAGUGGGUUAGUUUUUAGUGUUAAAGAUGUACGCCUUUCCUUUGUUGGAGAUGGAAACAGACACCUGCCAGUAGGAGUCAGGAGUCAUAUUGAAGAAGCGAGUUUAUCUGCAAUUGGCGGAAAUGCUGGUAAAGUUGAGGUGGCCAGUAAUGAAACUGAUAUUCCAAGUCCAUUUGUCACUGGGAGAACAAGGUCCAGAUUGAGUCGUCAUUCAGAGAGAAUAAGCCAAAAACUGGCCUCCUUACAAACCAGCUCUUGCCUCUUUGAACAGACGCUACCCACUGUUACCCGUUUGCGACGCAACACAGUCAAGUCACCAUAUGGUACAUCAAAGCACAAUCUUGACGAAGACUGCUUCAAUGGAGAAAGCAUAAUGGAGGAUGUUGACUCGCAGUUGAGCUCUCUGAAGUUAUCUGUGAGCUCAGAUGGCCAAAGCCAAGCUGACACACACAUGUUAUCCGAGAGCAUGGCUGACACCGUCUUAAUUUCUGAAAGGAGUGUUGAAUCACAGUUGGAAACGAGUGCCAGUGAGUAUGGUAAUAAGGUAAUCACUCCUGUUUUUUACAAAGGGUUAGUAGACCAUUUGACUGAUGUACAAGAAGUGAAGCAAACCACAACAGAAACGUCACAGUUCAUCCCUACUGCUGUAGGAAACAAAGAGUCCUGUGUUACAUGUGGACUUACUUCUCAAGGGUCUUUGCCAUUUCAGGUAAAUAACUCAGAAUCUCCUUCCAGUUUGACGUAUGAAUCCCCAAAAGCACAGAAGAAUCCAUGUGCUUAUUCAGGGCGCUCUGGAUGUACACCUCGGUAUAGCAUGAGCCGACUGUCAGUCCACUCGUCGCGACAGACACUGGCAAACCUUUCUUGCACACUUGGUGGACAGCCUUUAACUACUGAUACCGAUGAACUUGUGGAAUACCUUUAUACUGACACUGAAGAGGGCCAUGAGCUCAUUGAGACCCAUGUUCCUCCAACAGCCAAUACCUCCUUCAGUUCUAGCAUAAGCACCAGUAACUCUGAAGACACACUUCUUUAUGAUUGGCGCUCGCUUCAGCUCGGGUCUACAAGUCCAGGCCUCAACACAGAAAGCUGUCGUCCCAAACAGGAUGAUGUUGGAGUAAGUGGCUUAACCGACAAGGAACUCAGAAACAAGUUAAUUGAGAUGGGAGAAGAUCCAGGACCCAUAAACAGUCAAACCCGCCCACUGUACGUGCAGAAGUUGAAGAGAUCCCUUCAGAACCCCAGAAUCCCUCUGAGCCCCACUAAUUUCAGUGCUGCAGGUUACAGCCCAGAACUCGAAAAUGCACUUCACAGAUUCCUGCUUCCUAACUGUCAAGCUGAUGAGCUCGCUCUGUGUGAGCAGUUUGAUAAGCCAGAUCAGAAUAAGAGAUGGCGUGAGGGUUUCAUUAAGUCCAGCUUUAACUACCUGCUGCUUGACCCACGAGUGACAAAGAAUCUACCAUAUCGAAGUCAAUCCAUGAUCCCUAAAGAAUGUUUUCAGACAUUCAUCAAUGCGGUUUUCUAUGUUGGGAAGGGCAAGCGUUCUAGACCUUACAGUCACCUCUACGAAGCUCUGGAAUAUUUCAAAGGAGACAAGACCUCCAAGAAACUCUGCUCAAAAGUGCAGCACAUCCUGCAGGUCUGGAACGCUGGGCACGGAGUAAUAUCUCUGCACUGUUUCCAAAACGUCAUUGCUGUGGAAGCGUACACGCGUGAGGCUUGUAUGGUGGAUGCCAUUGGGCUGAAGAUGCUCACAAACCAGAAAAGAGGAGACUACUAUGGUGUUGUGUCAACUUGGUCUGUGCGGAGAAAACGGGAGUUAGGUGUUCAUCUGCUUUAUCGGGCGAUGCAGAUCUUCUUAGCUGAAGGAGAACGACAGCUCCGACCCGCCGACAUCCGAUGAACCAUAGACACUGUGGCAUUACAGAAACCAUAAUAGUGAAGCAUAUGCAUACGCUUUUGUUCACUAUUUCAAUAACACUGACAUAUUGCUUACAUAUCAGCAUGUUAUCAUUUAAUGAGGACCAGCUACUGUUCAGUAAAUAAAAAAUACAAACCACAGAAUAUCAGCUGUUCAAAUUCCAAAUUUUAAUAAAUGUUUAUUUAAAAAAAAUAAAAAAUUGUAAACUCAUUGCAAUGGUUAUUCCACUAUUAAAAAACCAGCAGCAUGCUGUGGUGGAUUAUUGCAAAUGUCAUUACAUAAAUCAUUUUGACAGUUUUUAAAUCCUUAUCCAUUUUGUGAAAUUAGGUCUUAGAUAUAAAUCUGUAAUAUUUGUAUUUUUUAGUUUUUAUAUGACGUGUGUUAGAGCUGAUUGUUAGCUGAUUAAGCUAGUUGUUUUUACUUCAUUACGUAAAUAAAAAAGUGAAAGAAUA